AUGACUACAUAUUACACUGAACAUGGAAGUAGUGGUAGUCAAUACUAUUUUAAUCCUAAUUGUUCUACUACUUCACAGUCAUAUCCAAAUUAUUCUUCGUCUCUAACAACAGCAAGAACAUAUGGUACAUCGGAUUAUUCAACUUAUCCUGUGGGAAUAUCAAGUGUACAUUCACCACGUCAACAAAUUCGCUUAGACAGAAUUAUAUAUAAUCAUGAUGAUCCAUAUCAAUUACCAGUAAAUAAAAUUCAAGCUACUAUACGAUUGGUUAAUAGUCAAGAUCAAUAUCACUCUCAACGUUCAACAAAACCAAUACAAAUUUCACCGCAACAUCAACAUUUUCAAUUUGAUUCUCGUCAUCAACCAGAUCGUUCAAUGAAUCCUGUGAUAGUUUAUCAAACUCCGGGUGCUACUAAAUAUACACAUCGGAAUGCUGAUACAUGGACUGCAAAUCCAUCUCAAGGUCAUGAUCAUCGUAUAAAAGCUCUACGGGUAUCAGUUCGAUCAGUACCUACUGCUGCUCCUCAACAAUCAUCUUCAUCUGCUCAUUAUCAUCAAGGACAACAUCGCUCGCAAGCUAGUAUUGUUGGAGAACAACAUUGCCGACAAGUAUCUCCAACUCAACGACAACGCGGUCGAUCAGAAGCUGAACGACAACGACAAGAUGAAGAAGAUUAUUAUGCAGCACAACGUAUAAUGGCUGCUCAAAGAAUGCAACAACAACAACAAGAACACUUCGAAAAUCCUGCUGGAAUUCGAAAUCUUAUGAGUACAUUUUCUGGUACAGCACCAGUUCAAAUAUACGAACAAAGAUCAAAAACAAUAUUACCCAAACAUCAUUCAAGUGAUGCAUCAAAUUCUGGUUCAUGUCCAACAACGAUAACACGAAUACCACCGAUGCUGUCAAUAACUUAUUCAGCAUUACCGAAACAUCUGGAACCACCUGUUAAUACUAUUGAAUUUUAUCAAAUGCAAAAACAACAACAACCUAAAAACCAAUUUAUCAAUGUUCAACAAGUAGUUGCUCCAUCACAUAUUCAACAUGCACCAGCCCGUUUUAGUACACUAAACGAUCGAUUUCAAACAGGAUCAUAUUCAGAAAAUAUGUAUCAAACAACAAAUAUACAUGAAAAUCAUAAACAACAGCAGCAACAAACAAGAACUGCCGAAAACACCAUGUCACCGUUUCGUAAUCAGUACACGAAUAAAACACAAGAAUCCGAGCAAUAUGAAAUAUCUACACAACAAGUUCGAAAUAUUUCAAGAACAAUUCUUGGAGAAGAUUUACCUCAACAAAAGGAAACCCAAAUCUCUCAACAACAGCAAGCUCAAACACUACAGUCUACUCAACAAGAACAAUCUCAAGUACCAGAAACGAAAAAACCACAAAGUCAACUAGCACAACCUACUCAACAACAAUCUCCAGCAACACAAGCUACUAAACAAAAACAGCCUACCGACAAACAACAUCUUCAGGCACCACCAUCAACUGAAAAACAACAACCUCAGCCACCGCAGUCAACUGCAAAACAACAACCUGAGGCACCCCAACCAACUGCAAAACAACUACCUGAGGCACUCAAACCGACUGAAAAACAACAACCUGAGGCACUACAACCAACUGAAAAAGCACAACAACCUCAGCCACGACAACCAACUGAGGAAGCACAACAACCGCAGGCACCGCAACCAACUGAAAAACAACAACCGCAGGCAUCGCAACCAACUGAAAAACAACAACAACCUCAGGAAGCACAAGCUACUCAACAAAAAGAAACAACUGAAAAGCCACAACAAGCUCAGCCACGACAACCAACUGAGGAAGCACAAGAACCGCAGGCACCGCAACCAACUGAAAAAGAACAGCCUGAGGCACCACAACAAACUGAAAAACAACAACCUCCAGCACCACAAACUACUCAGCAAAAAGAAACAACUGAAAAAACACAACAACCUCCAGCAUCACAACCAAUUGAGGAAGCACAACAACAGCAGGCACCGCCACCAACUGAAAAACAACAACCUCAGGAAGCACAAGCUACUCAACAAAAAGAAACAACUGAAAAACCACAACAACCUCAGCCACGACAACCAACUGAGGAAGCACAAGAGCCGCAGGCACCGCAACCAACUGAAAAACAACAGCCGGAGGCACCACAACAAACUGAAAAACAACAACCUCCAGCACCACAACCAAUUGAGGAAGCACAACAACAGCAGGCGCCGCAACCAACUGAAAAACAACAACCUCAGGAAGCACAAGCUACUCAACAAAAAGAAACAACUGACAAAACACAACAACCUGAAAAACAACAACCUCCAGCACCACAAACUAUUCAGCAAAAAGAAACAACUAAAAAAACACAACAACCUCAGACAUUACAAACAACUGAAAAAACACAGCAAUUUCAGACACCCGAGCCAAUUGAAAAACAACAACCUAAGGCACCACAAACUACUGAAAAACAUCAACCUAAAACAGCACCAUCUACCAAAAAUGAACAACCUCAGACAGUGCAGCCUACUGAAAAACAAAAACCUAUUCAAAAACUACAACCUAAAACACCACAACCUACUCAAAAGCAACAUCCUCAAGCGCUACUAAAACCUGUUAAAAAAAACAAAUGA